CAUCGCCUCUGUUCUCAGCUAGGGUUUACAGUUUCACCAAAUUAGGGUUUUAGGGUUUGUCUCAGCUGCAAAAGCUUCAGAUCCAGCGACAAUGGUGGAAAAGACAAGAAAAGAGGAGGUCGUCAGCCGAGAGUACACUAUUAAUCUCCACAAGCGCCUUCAUGGAUGCACAUUCAAAAAGAAGGCUCCAAAGGCCAUAAAGGAGAUUAGGAAGUUUGCCCAGAAGGCUAUGGGAACAACAGAUGUCAGGGUGGAUGUGAAGCUUAACAAGCUAAUAUGGAGCCAUGGGAUCCGAAGUGUGCCUAGGAGGAUUCGUGUUCGCAUUGCCCGGAAAAGAAAUGAUGAGGAAGAUGCCAAGGAGGAGCUGUAUUCACUAGUCACUGUCACUGAGAUUCCACCAGAGGGUUUGAAGGGAUUGGGCACGAAGGUCAUUGAAGGAGAUGAUUGAGCAGUAACAUUGUUGCUUAAUUUUUUGUUAACUCAUUUAUUUUAUAUCUAUUUUACUUAGAAUUUUGGAUAUGUUUCUGGAUUGUCUAAACAUUAACAUUUGAGCAGCAGAGAGUUGAUUUAAUGAAUUGUAAGCCAAUCAAUUUUUGUA